CACUCCGUCCAGGGUGUAUCCUGCCUUGAUGCCCGAUGAUAGGCACUGGCUCCCCGUGACCCAAGGUAGUUCGGAUAAGCGGUAGAAAAUUAAUGAAUGAAUAUUUUAGAUUUGCUUUGUAAGUGUUAAAUCUGAGCGAAAAAAGCUGCAGCUUUAUCAUUUUUUAGAGAUAUUUUUCCUGAAUGUUUUAUAUGCUUCAUUUAUAUGCUUUUUAAUUUAGAAUAUAACACCAGAUGAUCACUGAUACUGGGGGAUACUCGAGGUUUCAGACUGUUUAGUCUGACAUUUCCCAGUCACGUCAAAACACAGAUACCGUGUCACAGUUAGCUUUAAGCAGAAAUGGUGAAUUUUUAAAAAAUGUUGAAAAAUAAAUCACACAAUGUGUGUGGGUUAAUUUAACAUAUAUUUGUAAGAUGUAUUGUCCAUCAGAGUGUCAUCGGCCAUCUUGAUAUGUAGCAGCUUCACUGCUUUGUAGCCUCUGCCCCUUUUCCUCUCCAUAAGCAAAGCUAUGACCAUUGAGUGCGUAAAGUGUCUGACACUCAAAACCUGUUUUAUUUUUGUUAAAUAAUUGCAUCCUCCGGAUAUUGUAUAGUGUGUGCACACGAACCACACAAUGUAUACGACAAAAUACUAUAAAAUAGUGCCAUUUCUGACACGCCUGCUGUUACAAAGCGAUGGCACCAGCGACUCCUUCCAUCAGACGUGAAACAAAACAGUUCUUCACUCACAACUUUAACAAAAAAUGAUUGUAUGUUUAUUGUGAGAUGUCUGCUGAAACAACUAACACGUCUGGCCAUGCGCAUUAAUAUAAACCUGUGAUUUGACUUGCAGCCGGAACUACUUUGAGAGCUGAACUUAUGGAUGAGGGCCGUUAAAUUCCAUCAUGUAAAGAACCCUCCCCUUUAAGAUGCGUCGUUCCCUUUAAGCGUGUAACGGCUGCAGUGUUGUCACUGGGUUGAAUUUUAUGUCGGUGGACACUAUUUUAGCCGAGCCUCCUUAAAGCAGUUUUGAACUGUAUCUCUGAUUUCGCUUCAUAAACAACGUCUAAGUGUUACUAGCUCCAAGGUAGUGUGUAUUAAGGGCACUUCUCUGCGGGUCUCGGCGAUGUUUGGGGUUCUUUUGUGUCUGUUGUGUUUGCUAAACAUUACCGGCCCGGUUCUCGGAUACUUUCCCGAAGAGCGCUGGAGUCCUGAAUCACCACUUCUGGCUCCGAGGGUCGUUAUUGCUCUCAUCUGCCGAAAUUCGGCCCACUCCCUUCCUUAUUUCCUCGGAACCAUUGAGCGCUUGAAUUAUCCGAAGGACCGCAUUGCACUUUGGGUUGGGACCGAUCAUAAUGCAGACAACACAACAUAUAUGCUCCGAGACUGGCUGGUCAGCGUACAGAAGCUGUACCACUAUGUGGAAUGGAGACCUAAAGAGGAGCCAAGGGCAUACAGUGAUGAGGAAGGACCCAAACACUGGACCAACCUCCGAUACGCUCAUGUAAUGAAGCUUCGCCAGGCCGCACUGGAAUCAGCCCGAGAGAUGUGGGCUGACUAUUUACUGUUGGUCGACUGUGACAAUCUCCUGAUUGACCAAGAUGUGUUGUGGAAGCUGAUUAAGGAGAAUAAGACCAUCGUUGCCCCAAUGCUGGAGUCUCGAGCGGCUUAUUCCAAUUUCUGGUGUGGGAUGACAUCUCAGGGUUACUAUAAGCGCACCCCUGCAUACAUACCCAUACGUAAGCGGGUGAGGACAGGCUGCUUUGCGGUGCCCAUGGUUCACUCCACCUUCCUGCUGGAUCUGCGUAAAGAAGCGUCCAGGCUCCUGGCGUUUCACCCUCCGCAUGAGGACUACAGCUGGGCCUUCGAUGACAUCAUAGUGUUCGCCUUCUCAGCCCGAAUGGCAGAGGUGCAGAUGUUUGUGUGUAAUAAAGAGACGUAUGGGUUUUCGUCCGUUCCCCUGCGCUCCCACAAUACGCUACAGGACGAAGCCGACAGCUUCCUUCACUCUGUCCUGGAGGUCAAUGUGCGACAUCCCCCUGUUGAGCCCUCCAGGUAUCUCCGCCCCUCCGUCAGACAGCCUGAUAAGAUGGGCUUUGAUGAGGUGUUUAUGAUAAACCUGCAGCGCCGGACCGAUCGGAGAGAUCGCAUGCUCCGCACGCUCCGCCUGCAAGGGAUCGACUGCAAGAUCGUGGCUGCUGUUGAUGGCAAAGCUAUGAACGUGAGCGAGAUACAAAAUAUGGGGAUCCACAUGCUGCCGGGCUACAGCGACCCUUACCACGGCCGUCCUCUAACAAAAGGAGAGCUGGGCUGCUUCCUCUCUCACUACAACAUCUGGAAAGAGAUUGUCGAACGUGGCCUGAAGACCUCGCUGGUGAUUGAAGACGAUCUGCGGUUUGAGAUUUUCUUCAGGCGGCGCCUGAUGAACCUGAUGGCUGAGGUGGAGAGCGAGGGGCUCGACUGGGACCUGAUCUACAUCGGGAGAAAGAGAAUGCAGGUGGACCAUCCAGAGAAAGCUGUGUCAAACAUACACAACCUGGUGGAGGCGGACUAUUCCUAUUGGACGCUGGGUUACAUGAUGUCAUUACAAGGAGCCAAAAAGCUGCUGAAGGCAGAACCGCUCACCAAGAUGAUGCCUGUAGAUGAAUUUCUUCCUGUAAUGUUCAAUAAACAUCCUGUCUCAGACUAUAUGGAGCAGUUUGAGACGCGAGACCUGAAGGCGUUCUCGGCGGAGCCUUUGCUCGUCUUCCCCACUCACUACACGGGGGAGCCGGGCUACAUCAGCGACACGGAGACAUCCACCAUAUGGGACAACGAAGGCGUGCGCACAGACUGGGAUAGAAAACGCUCCCGGAAGACUCAUGAGGAGGAAGAGAUCAGCCCGGAGGCUCAGAACUCAGACGUGCUGCAGUCUCCUCUGGACAGCAUGGCAAGGGACGAGCUCUGAGCCACGCUGCAUCCAUGAGAGAGGGAGAAAAUUCUUCAGUGUGUUACAUUUCUUUUACCAUUAUCACACUGUUUGUGCCUUUCGACUGACCAAAGAUAGCCUUUUUUUUUUUUUUUUCUUCCACAUGUUGGGUUCAAGGUUGUUGUUUUUUUAUCUCCUUAUUCUAAACCCUUGUGUCUUUAGUCGUUCUAGGUGAUCAUGUGACUGUGUGAUUUAAGCACUGACUUUCCUUUCAUGCUUUUCCUGCCUGCUGUAGUCCACUCAUUUCAGUCCCAAGGAAGAAGACCAGAGGAAGAUAAGAGUCAUAGAUUGGUUACUUCAUCACUGUUAGUUUCAAUUAACAUUAUUAGUGAUGAUCAUUUUAAGUGCAUGAGAAGUCUUUUUUUUUAAACUACUUUAUUGUCCAUCUAUAUGUCCACAGGCAGAAAGCAUUUUUGUGGUAUCGCAUUUUGUUUCAUCACCAUAUGUACAAAUGUUAUCGUCAUGAAACCUCCACAAAAAAUGUCCAUCCCCCACAAGGUGGUUGUAUGUGGUCUUGGUUUUUUACAGGUAGAAAGAUCCAAAAGAAAGAAUGAAGUGAAAAACAAACUGUAUUCGAAACGGUCACAGUGAUGUGUAUCUGAUAUGCCUUAAAAAUGUAAAUGAAUUAACACUCCAAAUCGA